CUCGUUUUUUUUCCCGGAAUUUUGUUCAUAAAAUAUUCUCAAACGUAUUUGAUUCAUGAGUAUGAAUCACAUUCAAUUCCUAAAUCAAUAUUACAAUUUUGAUUUUAUUGAUGAAUAUAUUUAGAUGUUGCAUCAUGCAAUCCAAAAGAAUUUUUUUUUUACAAUUUUCAAGUUCAACACGACCUAUUCAAUUCAAUUUAAACCAGAGCGUAGGCACAUCAAAUAGAAAAUGGCGACUCUUGUAAUUUUGUUCUGAAAAAGCACAUGUUUUUCGAUCGAAGGCAAUACGAUCAACAUUUUCUGCGCAUAUCGAUGAUAUCAUGGGAGAAUGUGUUAAUUCGCUCAUAGCACUGCGCUUUGGCCAAGCACAUUGUUUAUGUUCGCUCUCAUUUUCUCAUGUAAACUAAGCAUUGAAUGUUUGUUUGAGUAUCAUGCAUUUCAACAAUACAUUGGAGUUGAAUGCUUGGUUGAAUGUUAUUCCACUAAAUACGUUGGAGUGUGUGAACCAAGCGUUGGAUUUAUUUUCAAAUGUUUUCGCUCUCAUUUGCACUACUACUAAGAAGUGACCAUUCGAAUGAAUUGAGAGAACGAAGCUAUUGCGUGAAUGUGUAACGAUAAAGAACUUUCGUCAAAGGAUUUCAUUUGUCUUCGCAAAUUUCUUUUUCUAACUUGAUGCAAAUCAUAGCAAAUUUUUGUUGUCUCUUGAUUUUCUUACUAUAGAAUAAAAUAAAUUCAGAAGAGGAAUUUGGAUUUUGUUGAAAUUUUUGUUGGAAAUUUGAACGAUAUUCUCUUGUGGCACCUGAAUUUUUUUUAAUUUAAAUCACAUCUUUGUCAUUUGUCAACAGUCGGCAGUUUUUUUUUCAACUAAUUAAAUUGGUUCACGUGUACAGGAAAAAAAUGGAGAAGCAAACACCAAGCGAACUAUUGGCAGUAGUUCAACAGCAGUUGGCAUCACUUACACGAACCGUUCAGCAGUUGCAGCAAUCUCUGCAACAGCCCGUGGUUCAACCACUCCAUUCGCAAUCAAAUGGACAUCAUCCAUUGCCGGGCAUCGAAAACGGACAAGCUCCGGAUGUUUUACCUGGUAGAAGAGUAGGUAGAAAACGAAAGUCUAUUCCGGAGCCAGAACCCAACCGUCUGCCUCAGCCAAAGCAAACCAACCGUCUGCCUCAGCCAAAGCAAAGACGCAGACACAGCAUGCAUGCAAAGGUACACGCCAAACAAUUGAAUGAACGUCAAGGUAAAAAAAAAUACGAUUAAAUGUGAAUAUUUUUAUUGAAAAUUACCCAAAAAAACCAGACGUUCGCAUUUGCAUUGCUUAGGAAGCAGCAUGUUUUAAGGCACAGCAUUAAUGCUAGCAUAUCGAUGGUUGCAACAGCGACGCAUACACGGAUCUCGCGCUCACAAAAGCCGCACACACAUCUCUCGUGCUCAGUAGCCGUCGCAUCAACAAACAUACACACGCAUACAACAAACGUAUAUA